GCAAGGUUGAUCUCCACCCCUCUCGUCCCCUCCCUUCUCCUCUCCUUCCGGUUCUGGGCGAACCAGCAAGAGUUUUUGCUGCGUCAUUUCCAGGGCGGACCUUCGCGUGUCUGUCCUGAUCGAUCCGUGUCUGGAGUUCAGGUCGUAAUUCCCUACGCGACGUUUUGUGCGUUUACGAUGUCGGACCUCAAAGUCAUCAUCGUCCCGGUUCCCCCUUCUUCCGACCUCUUUUGGCUGCAGGCGCUGGCCUUUCCGAGGCUUUGCCACUUGGUAUUUCGCACUACCUGCGUUUCCAGGCGGUGCUUCUUGUUGGUGACAGCUUACUUCAGAUGUUCGCAGGAAAGACGCCCACAGCCAAGUCACCAACCAACGCCACAUUGCUCGGCAAGCCGAAUCAAACUCUUCUUGAGUGCUGCGGCGGUGCAACACGUCCGCUCUCCGUCGAACAGACUGGCACACCAGAGGGCAUGGGAGAUUGUGGGCAGGGAGCUGGCGAUAUAUCCGCCAGCCACAUUUUGCCAGGGAAACUCGGCACUCCAAGCAUGUUGCUUCUUUCGGAUCCACGGAUGAACACAACGAUCCUGGAGCAUUGCAAAAAAGAUCUUCUAUUCGGCAAGUGGGGUGUUGUUGGUGAGCCACUCCCCGCUCCCGUCUGGGAGGGAUCACCUCUUCUGGUGAAGCACAUGUGGUACAAUUUAAUGGAACGACUUGCUUCUGCCCUGACUACAGUUGUAAUGCCUGAAGCAUCCGCCGUCGACCAGUUCACGGAGGUGAUUUCUGGAGCCGAUGGUAACAUUAUCACCCUUUUCGUGGCAAAGCCGAAGGUGUCCGAGGCGGUUCCAGGAAUCUUGCACAUGCAUGGAGGAGGAAUGUGCUACUUCUCCGCCGACGAUCCAUUGAACCGCGCUUGGCGCAUUCAUCUGGCUCUCCGUGGCUUUGUUACUGCCAGCGUGGAGUUCCGCAACUCCUCUGGCAGGUUGGGGUGCCAUCCGUUCCCUGCUGGUCUGAACGACUGCAUGAGCGCCUUGGCAUGGCUGAGUGCCAGGCGUCGACAGUUCGGCAUAUCGAAGCUCAUCCUGUCUGGCGAGUCUGGGGGGGGGAACCUGUGCAUCGCCUCGGCUCUCCGUGCCAAGAGAGAGGGGCGCCUCUCUGAGUUUGACGGUGUGUUCGCACUGUGUCCCUUCAUUGCUGGGCCGUCUGUUUGGAGGGCGAAAUCGAACACCUCAUUGCAGGAAUGCGACGGCUACCUACUCGACGCGAAGAACAAUACACUUUUCGCGAGCAUGUACGACCCGGAGCUCAAGCAUGCGGGUGAUCCAUGCGCAUGGCCAGGGUUGGCGACCGACGCAGACUUGGAUGGAUUGCCACCCCACGUCAUCAGCGUCAACGAGCUCGAUCCUCUUCGGGACGAGGGCCUAGCGUACUGCGAGAAGAUGAAAGCAGCAGGUGUGCGUGCCGAGUCCAGGAUUGUGCGGGGCACACCCCAUGCGGGCGAACUGUUGUGCACGGGCUUCGAGGGUGGCCGGUGCAUCCUGGAGGAGACGACUGAUGCCAUGAUGCAUUUUGCUCAGUCUCUUUGACUCUGCACUUCACAGGUGAUGCGCGGAACUCAUUCCGCGAUGCCCAUCGGUACUUGCGCGCCGUGUGCCGCCGAAUUCGUUGCACGCUUGCACGUCUCAUCUUGUGUAGGCCGGGGCAUCGCCGCUGGCCGAGCGCAUGACCUCGUGGCAGGGGUCGUCGGCCGCCUUUGCCUCGGUCAUUUAUAUACGGUUGCGCAGACUGUCCGGGUGCGGCGCGCGGUCUUCCAACCGUCUUCUUCGGAGCCGCGUCAGGGCAGCCCGAAAUAGUCUGGGUUACACGAGUUGUAUUGAGCAUGCUAAAAGAGUGUGCGAGAUCAAGUCGUAUCGCGUUCGCAUAUCGCGGCAAUUCCAGCAGAAGCGUGGGAAGCCGCUGUGCGGCACUACUGCGCAUGGUAUUGCAUUACUGCCCAUGUGCUUGGACUCCUGCAGUGCGUUCAUUCAUUAAUUCAUGCGUGCUUCUCUUUCCCCCGCCGCGCAUCACGCCUACGAGGGGAUACCUCAAAUUAUCUUCGAAGUUCUAGCUACGCUGCAUCUUGGUCAGAUGAUCUUUUCGUCAGCAAGCCAGACUCGCAUUUGGCAUUUUCCGAGCAAGUGAUCCAUCACCGUGGACGAGGUGGAGGGCUGGGG